AUGCCUGGAUCGACUGUAGCGAGUGGCACUUUGAGCCAAUUAUCUUCGCCCAUUUCACCUCCAAAUAGCGUUCCAGGCGGAUCCUAUUCUACUUUGCGCGGUGCGAGAAGCAAUAACCAAAGCGGUGCCGGUUCUGGUAACAACGCUUUUGGAGGAAGUGAAUUUGGACCGGGUGGAAGGAAUACGUUCAAGUCCGUUUUUGGUGGCUUUGUUAAUUCGAUGAGCGAUGUUUUUUCUCAACAAAAGAAGAUUGAAAUUUCAACUCCAUACGAUCCUGUGCAUCUUACCCAUGUAGGUUUCAAUUCUGACACUGGGGAAUUUACCGGAUUACCCAAAGAAUGGCAACAACUCCUUCAGAAUUCCGGUAUCUCAAAAGAAGAUCAAGCGAAAAAUCCACAAGCAGUUAUGGACAUUGUUGCUUUCUAUCAAGAUGUAACGCAAAAUAAUCUUGAAGAUGAUUCUGUUUGGAGAAAGAUGAACGGCGGACCGGGUCAUGCGAAUGAAGGAUCUGCUUCAGACUCACGAUCAGAGAGCACAACAGGUAGCGGAGUUGUACGAUCAGGAGAUGGUGUAUACGAAAAGCCAAGAGCUGCUCCAGCACCACCAGGUGCAGCUGGUCUGAAUACAUCUCAAUCCAUGCGCAAGAGCUCUAGGCCGCCACCUACAGAAGCGAACAAAGCUGCCGCAGCCGCAGCAAUUUCUGCUGGAGGUCCAAUCCCAACAAGGCCUGCGCCUUCACCUGGUCUCGGUGCCGGCCUUGCUACACCGCCUAUGGGAAGUGGAAGUAGUCCGAAGAUUGGAACGAAUAAAACUCCUUCUCCUUCUGGUGCGAGUGGUAAAGGAGCGCUUUCGUCUGCUUCUAUGAAAGUGAAAGGAUCGCCAAGUGGUGGAGCAGAAGGUGCUUCGGUUACAAAAUCUGCUUCUACAAAAGCACCUGCCGGAGCUCAACCUCGUCGAAGGGAUACGAAGAAGACUGGAAUGAAAGAUCAUGAAGUGAUUGAAAAGCUCAAGACGAUCUGUACUGAUGCAGACCCGACGAAACUUUAUCGCGAUUUCGAAAAGAUUGGAGCUGGUGCUUCUGGUGGUGUAUACACGGCUUAUCAAGUGGGAAGCAAUCUGUCCGUUGCUAUUAAACAGAUGAACCUUGAGCAACAGCCAAAGAAGGAUUUGAUCAUCAAUGAAAUCUUGGUAAUGAAAGAGUCCAAGCACAAGAAUAUUGUGAACUAUAUUGACAGUUUCUUGCACAAGGGUGACCUUUGGGUUGUAAUGGAGUACAUGGAAGGUGGAAGCUUGACAGACGUGGUGACCAGCAACGUGAUGAGCGAACCUCAAAUCGCUGCCGUUUGCAAGGAAGUUUUGGAAGGCUUGCGUCACUUACACGCAAACAAAGUUAUCCAUCGUGAUAUCAAGAGUGACAACGUUUUAUUGAGCAUGCAUGGUGAUAUCAAAUUGACAGAUUUCGGUUUCUGUGCACAAAUUGGUGAAUCACAAGCCAAGAGGACGACAAUGGUAGGAACUCCUUAUUGGAUGGCACCGGAAGUUGUGACCAGGAAGGAAUACGGACCAAAGGUUGAUAUUUGGAGUUUAGGUAUCAUGGCAAUCGAGAUGUUAGAAGGAGAACCACCUUAUUUGAACGAAAAUCCUCUAAGAGCACUUUAUUUGAUCGCCACAAAUGGAACACCCAAGAUUCCUGAUUCCGAUAAAACCACGAGCACGUUCAGAGACUUUUUACGAACAUGCUUGGACGUUGAUGCAGAACGCAGACCGGAUGCAACACAAUUAUUGGAUCACGUCUUCCUAAAGCGUACUGCCAAUUUGCGAACGCUUGAACCUUUAAUCAAAUAUGCCAAAGAACAAAGCAAGCUUGUCAAAUGA